AUAUGAUGACACACACACGCACAGCUAGCACAGAAGAAGACUGCACACAUCCACAGCUAUGCUCUCCUCUCUCCUAGCCAUGCAAAACUGACCGCUUCUCCACGCCUACAUCACCCAUUGACACCAGGAAUGAAGACUUUGGAGUUUAUAUUAAGACAAGAGUAGUAUGCUGGACGUGGGAAAGUGGCCGGUGUUCGCCCUCCUGCCCCCUGAGGAGCUGCGGCUCGUCCGUCAAGCCUGUGUGUUCGGCAGCGCUGCCAACGAGGCCAUCUACGUGACCGUCAAUGAUGAGGUGUUUGCGCUUGGGACAAACUGCAGUGGUUGUCUGGGCCUCGGGGACACGCAGAGCUCCAUUGAGCCCAGGCGGAUCGACAUCUUGUCUGGGAAGAAAAUUGUCUCUUUGAGCUACGGCACAGGCCCACACGUGGUCAUCGCCACUGCAGAUGGAGAAGUUUAUGCCUGGGGUCACAAUGGCUACAGUCAGCUGGGCAACGGCACCACCAACCACGGCCUGACUCCUGCCCUGGUUUCCACCAACCUCAUCAGCAAGAGAGUGGCGGAGGUGGCCUGCGGCUCCCACCACACCAUAGCCCUCACCACCGAGGGAGAGGUGUUCGCCUGGGGCUACAACAACUCCGGGCAGGUGGGCUCGGGAUCCACGGCCAACCAGCCCACCCCACGCAGGGUCAGCAGCUGCUUGCAGAACAAGGUGGUGGUCAACAUCGCCUGCGGACAGCUCUGCUCCAUGGCCGUCCUGGACAAUGGAGAGACAUAUGGCUGGGGUUAUAACUGCAAUGGGCAACUCGGUUUGGGCAACAAUGGCAACCAGCAAACCCCCUGCCGGAUCGCUGCCUUACAGGGAAUCAACAUCGUACAGGUGGCAUGUGGAUACGCACACACAUUGGCUCUGACAGACGAGGGAUUUGUUUACUCCUGGGGUGCGAACUCCUACGGGCAGCUGGGUACGGGCAAUAAGAGCAACCAGGCUGUGCCCACCCUCAUCAACAUGGACAAGGAGAGAAUGGUGGAGGUCGCUGCGUGUCACACCAGUCACACGUCAGCGGCCAAAACACAGAGCGGUCAGGUGCUGAUGUGGGGUCAGUGUCGGGGUCAGGCUGUGGCUUACCCUCACCUCACACACUUCACCAGCACCGACGACGUCUUCGCCUGCUUCGCCACACCGGCGGUCACCUGGCAUCUCCUGUCCGUGGAUGGAGAUGACUACCUGACUGUUGCCCAGUCACUAAAGCGAGAGUUUGACAGCCCAGAAAUCUCUGACCUAAAGUUCCUGGUUGAUGGCAAGUGUAUUCAUGUGCACAAAGCCCUUCUUAAAAUCAGGUGUGAGCAUUUCCGAGCACUGCUGAACGAGACCGAUGAAGAGGCCAUAGAGAUCCAUCAGUUCUCUUAUCUGGUGUAUCGCGCAUUCCUGGAAUACCUGUACACUGAUACCAUCAACCUCCCACCCGAGGACGCCAUUGGUCUGCUGGAUUUGGCCACAUACUACCGUGAGAGUCGUCUGAAAAGACUGUGCCAGGAGACCAUCAAGAGAGGCAUCACAGAGGAGAACGCUGUAACGCUGCUCUCGGCCGCUGUCAAGUAUGAAGCACGGGAUCUGGAAGAGUUCUGUUUCAAGUUUUGCGUUAACCACCUGACGGCCAUCACUCAGACGCAGGCCUUCGCCGACAUGGACCACGAUCUGCUGAAGAAUUUCAUCAGCAAAGCCAGCCGCUACGGGGCCUUCAAAAACUGAGUCUAGGCCGGUCUUCUGCUCGGGCUCUGCUGCAUCCACGCAGGUUCUCUCAAACGCCUCAGAUCUGGAGAGAGUUAAGCCAAAUUCUGGUGGUUUGAGCGUGAAGAAGUGGGAAGCCACUGCACUGGUGGUCUUCUGGGUCCCAGUGCCUUUAAAUUACACCCCCAUCUGAAGCCCUACAUAAGCGGAAGAAUUCAAGACGCGCCGUCUCUGGAUUCAAAGGGAUGAGACGAGUUUAAACAGAUUGUAAUGGAAUAGCUAAACAAACAAACACCUCUGAGGUGCUUUACGAGCAAGGGAAGCAAAAGGGAAGAACCAUCUCAUGAUGGAGAAAGAGUCGCUUUUCUGUUACUGAAUUAUUGUUUUGGGUCAAGGUUACCAAAUCCAUCUCUUAUCGUCACGAUGGCCUUUAUAAAGCGGGCCGAGAGCUGAACCUCCUGUGGGGGUUCAAAGAUAAAGCUGUGUCGUAGGAUAUCAUAAUUUCAUUUCUUUUUCUGGCUUUAGAAGUAACUUAACACAGUAAUAUGUCAUAUAAGAGCGGUAUAGCGUUUUUUUUUAGGGUCAACUUUGGCACCAAUUUCAUUUACAGAUUCAACUAAUGUCAUUUAUGUUGUUUUUUUACUGACAGUCACGUUACUUUUGAUAUCUUUGCACUCUUCCUGUGUAACAGUGUUAUUUUGAAUAGGGCAAUGUCUGUGUUUCUGUGCAGUCAUAUUUUUACAAGAGGGAAUCUUGCAAAAUCUGUCAAGAAAAUGACCAAACCUUACUUAACCUCCCAACGCGCAUAAGGUAAAGAUUCAUUUUAAAAAUCAUUUCCACUGAAUUCGAUAAAUUGGAGUGAAAUGUGAGCAGAGCGUUUCUUCAUAGCAUCCGCACAUCUUGCACUGCUAUUGUUGGGAAACGGUGCCGUCUGGUGGUGGUGAUGGAAAUCUAAUCAUGUGCCCAUAUUCAAUUUAUGCUGACAGCUAAAGAUUUUCUUGUGUCCACAGUGAAUCCAAACUCCUUUCAGAUAUGUUUUAUCAUCACUCGUCAUAGCAUCAGCCAACCAACCAAAUCUUGAAAUAGCACUUGCUACACCAAGCAUGUUUAAAUCCAAGGGUUUACAGAAAGUUAAAAGGUGUUAGUCAAGCAAGGUGCACACUCCAUGUGUUCUUGAUGGUAAGUUGUUACUUUGUUUACACACGGUCAGGGGUUUCUGUUCUGUUGUGGAUGCAUGAUUUCCUUCUUUUGUAACCCUUUCACUGAGGGUCAGGACUGCUAACCCUGCCCGAUUGCCAAGAGAGGGUCUGUUAAAUGUUCCCCAGUUGAAUAAUCUCUGUUUUAAGAUGAUACCAAACUCCUUCUAAGCAAAUAUCAUACAGCACUUUGAAUAUUUAAAUAAAUGUCCAUUAUGUUGAUACUGAUGUGCUACAUAACUGUUAUGCAAAAGGUCUAAUUACAAAUAUAAUAUUGUAAUACAAAUAUUUUACUUGUUUCUUUUUUCACUUUUUUUGUAAGGUAUAAUAUAUUCAUUAAUUUGCCAUUACAUUUUAUAUAUAUAUAUAUAUAUAUAUAUAUAUAUAUAUUUUAUUUAAAUACAUUUUAUGUUUUUAUUGAACACACUUUGACUAAAGUCCCGUUCACACCAAGGACAUUAAUAAAAUGACAACUAUAAAGUUUUUUUUGACUGUACUAAAGGAUAAAAAUACUAUAAUAUGAUUGCAGAUAUUUAAGAAAUAUGCUCAGUUCAAAUACUUGUUUCUCCAUAAAACAAAAAAAUUAUUCUACUGUGAAAUGUGAAUUCUAUGUUGAAUGUCUGUUUUUAUUUUGGUCUGUUCAAUAAUAUUUAACAUUUUGACUGCUGUACCCAUUUCAACCACUAGCUGUCAACAUUACAUACUGCACCUUUAAAGGGAUCGUUCACUUUGAAAUUAAUUUUUGGUAUGUUUUAGCUUACCUCAAGGGCAUCCAAGAUGUAGGUGUGUUUGUUUCCACAGUAUUUUCAAUUUUGAUAUUUUUAGGUCGAAACGUCCUUGUCUGUCAGUCAUAUAAUGGAGGUCUAUGAAGUCCAAAUUAAACAUGAUUUAAUGACUCGUAAA